ACUGCAUCUUCACAGGAAUCAAAGUUGAAGCAACAACUGAAACUCAAACUAGAGAUGGCCAAGUUUUUGCAAACUACUCUUGAUGAAAUGAGCUUGCAAGCCAAGGGAGAGUCACACUCUAACCGGGCCAAGGAGUUUGCUCAGUUUUUCGAUAACGUCAGAAAAUCGGGCGAACAGGCAUCGAAUGAAAACAUUCUCAAGUUUUCAAAGUUGUUUGAAGAUGAAAUUACUCUAGAUUCUCUGACGCGACCUCAACUUUUAGCUUUAUGCCGCCUCUUGGAACUGCAACCAAUUGGCCCAAACAACUUUUUACGGUUUCAACUUCGCAUGAAGCUGCGAAGUUUGAAUGCUGACGAUCGGAUGAUUUCCAAGGAAGGCGUCGACAGUCUGACUGUUCCCGAGCUGCAACAAGCAUGCCGUGCUCGAGGUAUGCGGGCGCUCGGUAUUCCUGAGGAUCGACUCCGCUACCAGCUGGCACAGUGGCUCGAGUUGAGUUUAAACGAGAAAAUACCUCCCUCCCUACUCCUCCUGACCAGAGUUCUCUACCUCCCUGAGAGCAUCCCACAUGCUGAUCAGCUCAAGGCGACCAUUCAAGCACUUCCCAAAGAAGUUGGAACUGAAACUCGCUACAAAAUUGGUGAAACGGAGGGCAAAAUUGACAAUCGCACAAAGAUUGAGUUGAUCAAGCAGGAAGAGGCUGCCAUUAGGCGCGAAAAUGAAGAGGAACAACGUCUCAAGGAGAUGGAUAAAGCAACCACAACGGCCGCAGCUGAUGCCGAACUACUGAAAGCUACGCCUAUUCUCGUGGACAAAGCUAAGGAUUUAUCCAAAGAGGAGAUUAAGGAGCCCGUUCUCUCAAAGGAGGAUAUUGUUUCAAUUGAAGAUGCUAUUGACAAUAUUUCCAAAGAGAAGAAGAUGCUCAUUAUGGAGAAGGAGGAACUGGAUGACAUCAAGGAGGAGCUUCAAGAUUACAAGGAAGAUUUGACCGAGUUCAAGGAGAUUUCAAAACAAACUGGGGAGGUCAAUCGACUCAAGGAGAGCAAGGCCGCCAAGCGAUUGCGGAAUAAGGUCGACGGAAUGGUCAACAAAAUGGAUAAAAUAUUUAACUCUCUUGAAACAAAGAAGGAAGACUUGCAAUCUCAAAUCAAUCAACUAGAGAAGGAAGGCAAAGACAUGUCUCAAGUGAAAGGAGACGUCGUCGACAUUAACGAGCUUCUCGAAGCCAUGCGCAAAAUUCAAAAGGCUAGCGAUGAUAGCAAGCUGUCGCGAAUCAUUGAAGUGUUGGACACGAUGGACAUUGACCACGACGGUCAAAUUGAGGUGGAUCACGUUUUCAAAGUAAUUGAAUUGCUGGGACGAGAAAAUGUCCAAGUGACACCGAAUCAAAUUAAAGACAUCAUCAACUUGCUGAUUCAGGAGGAGAAGCUAAACAAUGAAGAGAAGGAGAAGAAGCAACAGUCGGCGGUCAGUUUGGCCGGUCAGGAGGCCGCCAAGCAGUCUCAGGCGCCAGACCAAACAAAGCCCUAA